GUUCUUCCUGGCAGAAAGAAAAGGAAACAGGACAAAAUCCCCCCCUUCCCAGAGAGGUUUUUUUUUCUCGGUUUCUUUCCUACUGCUCUUAGUCGUCGUUUCUUUUAUCGUCCCGUGUACGAUAUUCUUCUUGCUUCCCACAAGCGGAAGGCCAAAAAGAAAGAAAGAAAUAAGGUUUAAAUACAACCAAAACUAGAGACGAUUUCAACAAUGGGCAAGAAAAAGUCCGACGACGCUGUCGUCCGAGUUUCGGGCCAGUCCAACGAACCAUUAUCCCGUCCGAUUCACGCCCUAACCAUCGAGCAAUUCCUCCAAGAGAUCAAGGGCGAUGCCGAAGAUGGUCUCACCCCAGAUGAGGCCCGUAAACGCCUGGAGCAGUACGGCAACAAUGACUUUGGAGAGGGCGAGGGCGUCUCACCCCUCAAGAUUUUUAUUGCCCAGAUUGCCAAUGCCAUGACUCUAGUAGUUUUGAUACUGGCCAUGGGUGCCAGUUUCGGAAUCGAAUCAUGGAUCGAAGGUGCCGUUAUCGGUGCAGUCAUUCUUCUCAACAUCGUCGUUGGUUUCUGGCAAGAGUUCAAGGCUGCCAAGACCCUUGACUCUCUCCGGUCUCUGAGCUCGCCCACGGCUCGUGUAAUCCGUGACGGCGCCAACAUUACCAUUCCCACCGCUGAAAUUGUCCCUGGUGACAUGGUGGAGCUCAAGACUGGUGACACAAUUCCCGCUGAUACCAGACUCAUUGAGGCUGUUAACUUUGAAACCGAUGAGGCCCUCCUCACCGGAGAGUCUCUCCCUGUCCGCAAGGAGGUCGACCGUGUGUUUGACGACGAAACCGGUCCUGGUGACCGUCUCAACGUUGCCUACAGCUCUUCCACCGUUACCAAAGGACGCGCUCGCGGUAUUGUGUUCGCCACCGGUCUGGCUACUGAAAUUGGCAUGAUCGCCGCGGCCCUUCGUGAUAAGAAGUCCAAACGCCGCCCCGUAAAGCGCAAGGAGGAUGGCAGCGCAUCGCCGCUCCGUCACGCCCAGGCAUGGACCCUUACCUUUUCCGACAUGGUUGGCCGCUUCCUCGGCGUCAACGUUGGCACCCCGUUGCAGCGCAAGCUCUCUCAACUCGCUGUUAUUUUAUUCUUUGUCGCUAUUGUCUGCACAAUCAUCGUUUUGGCCGCCAACUUCUUCAGGCCCCGACAAGAGGUUAUUAUCUACGCUGUCGCUACUGGUGUUAGUAUGCUGCCUGCGUCCCUGGUCGUGGUUCUCACAAUUACAAUGGCCGCCGGCACCAAGCGCAUGGUACAACGCAACGUUAUUGUCCGUAAUCUCAAGAGUCUCGAGGCUCUGGGUGGAGUUACCAACAUUUGCUCCGACAAGACAGGUACGCUCACACAGGGCAAGAUGGUGGUCCGAAAGUCGUGGGUGCCAGGCCGUGGAACCUACAGUGUGGGCACUACCAGUGAACCUUUCAACCCCACAGUCGGUGAUCUCAGCUUGAACUCGAAGGAGCCCCGAGAAAUCCCUAGCGGCCAGAAGGACACCGGGAGCGCCGCUUUCGACGCCGUCAAGGCAACUGAAGACCCGACCUUGCGGACAUACCUCAACAUUGCAUCACUUGCCAACCUGGCCAACGUACACAAGACUGGAGACCAAUGGCACGCUCGUGGUGAUCCCACUGAAAUUGCCAUCCAAGUGUAUGCUUCAAGGUUUAACUGGAACCGGUUGCGUCUCGCAGGUGGUGACAAGCCUGAGUGGCGCCAAGUCACCGAGUUCCCCUUCGAUUCGGACACCAAGAAGAUGUCCGUCAUCUUCCAGCACAUUGCCACCCAUGAUUUGCACGUUUUCACCAAGGGCGCCGUCGAGCGUGUCAUCUCAUCAUGCGAGACCAUCGCUAUCGGAGGUGACCAGGGUGCAGAGCCCAACAUCGUGUCUAUUACCGACGAUCAUGUGGCAGACAUCAUGAAAAACAUGGAGGCCAUGGCACGCAUGGGUCUUCGAGUUCUUGCUUUCGCCAGCCGGGAAGACGUUCGCGAGAUCACCGAAAAGGAGCAGCCCGAGCGUAGCGAGUUUGAGGCACACCUGACCUUCCGUGGAUUGAUUGGUCUCUACGAUCCCCCCCGCCCCGAGUCUGCCGAGAGUGUACUCCUUUGCCAGCAAGCCGGUAUUUCCGUACACAUGCUUACGGGUGAUCACCCCGAGACUGCCCGUGCCAUAGCUAUCGAGGUUGGAAUUCUGCCCAAGACUCACAUGGCCGGCAUUUCUGAGCGCACAGCCAAGACCAUGGUUAUGGCAGCUUCUGAGUUUGACAAGCUUACCGAUGACGAGGUUGAUGCGCUGCCCAACCUUCCUCUGGUCGUGGCAAGGUGUGCACCCAACACUAAGGUCAGAAUGAUCAGCGCUCUUCACCGUCGCGGAAAGUUUGUUGCCAUGACCGGAGACGGUGUCAACGACAGCCCUUCGCUCAAGUCCGCCGACGUCGGUAUUGCUAUGGGUCAAGCCGGUUCUGAUGUGGCCAAGGAGGCUGCAGACAUUGUCCUGACCGACGACAACUUUGCAUCGAUUCUCAAUGCCGUUGAAGAAGGGCGCCGCAUGUUUGACAACAUCCAAAAGUUCAUCCUCCAUGUUUUGGCUGAGAACAUUGCCCAGGCUUGUACCCUUCUCGUUGGUCUUGUUUUCAAGGACCACACGGGUAUAUCAGUUUUCCCUCUUGCUCCCGUCGAAGUUUUAUGGGUCAUCAUGGUUACCUCGGGUCUGCCUGAUAUGGGUCUCGGGUUUGAGCUCGCCUCCCCCGAUAUUCUAACCCGGCCGCCUCAGAAUCUUAAAAUUGGUGUUUUCACACCCGAACUUCUUCUGGACAUGACCGUGUACGGUCUUUGGAUGUCGGCUUGCUGUUUGUCCGCGUUCGUUGUGGUGGUCUAUGGCUUCGGCAACGGAGAACUUGGUGACAACUGCAACACACAGUACUCACCCCAAUGCGAGUUGGUAUUCCGCGCUAGAGCCACCACCUUUGCUUGCUUGACCUGGUUCGCUUUGUUCCUGGCUUGGCAAGUGGUUCACCCCCGCCGUUCCUUCUUCAACCUCAGGUCUUCGGGGGGUCCCAUCCUGACCCGCUGGAUUCGCGACGUCUGGAUGAACCGAUUCCUGUUCUGGGCUAUUGUCGUCGGUUUCGUCACCAUUUUCCCUACCAUGUACAUCCCGGUGGUCAAUCGCGAGGUGUUCAAGCACGAUGGUAUCACCUGGGAGUGGGCCAUCGUGGUCGUCGAGUUGAUCCUCUUCUUCGCCGGCGCCGAGAGCUGGAAGUGGGCUAAGCGCGUCUGGCUUCGCAGGCGCAACGCCAAGAAAAACCCCGACCAAGACAAGGGUGACCUCGAGUCCCGCGUCUUUGGCAUCUACCUGCAAGACAGUCUCAACCAUCAGGACGAGCCUUUGCGCCAGCAGGAACCCAAAGGCAAGCUCCCAAGUAACGAGGGUGCCGGCAACACUUCUGGUGGGAGCACCCAGGAGAAAGCCCAAUGACGUUUGCUUUUAGCACGUGAAUCCGUGCAAGAUCUCAUGCCCAAAAUCGACGUGUCCGACGUGGGUGGGCUUCCAAGCCCCACGGAUGUGAAAAGCAACAACAUUUUGGGAACAAGAAAAAGAUAUAAAGAAAUAAAUGGGGAUGUCAUUCUUGAGACCCGCCGCAGACAGAUGGGAGUCACCGCGGUCCAACACCGCUGGUCGCAUUCUCUAUCUUUUAAAGUAAGGUGUUUCCGCGGGUGGACGCUGGGCUUAGGUAACGGCUGUCGGGGGGUAUCAUGGCCGAGGGAUGCAGCAGAUGGUCUUCAACAGGCCGUGUUGGCUGCGUCAGGACGACACAAAGAAGUGUUUGCGGGCUGUCUAAGCGAACAGGUGAGUUUAUUCUAUUGUGAUAAAAAACAUGGGUCGACACAUCUAGAUAGUUUCAUUACCUCUUUAGUU